AAGUGAAACUUGGGUGGUUCGGUGCGGGUGGCAUUGGAAUAGUUUCGUUUAUAUUUUCAUAUUUGGCUGUGUAUUUAUAAGAAAUCCAGUGAUUUUCGUCUAAAAUCUAAAUAAUGGAUGACCAAGGAAGGAAAGUUAUCGUCUGCGACAACGGCACCGGUUUCGUGAAAUGCGGCUAUGCAGGAAGCAAUUUUCCGGCUUUUAUUUUCCCUUCGAUGGUGGGCAGGCCCAUUAUUCGUGCGGAGAACAAGAUUGGCGAUAUUGAUGUUAAGUUACGGGACAUUACUAUAGGAGACUUGAUGGUGGGAGAUGAAGCGUCUCAACUCAGGUCUAUGCUUGAAGUCAGUUACCCUAUGGAGAAUGGAGUUGUCCGAAACUGGGAGGACAUGUGCCACGUGUGGGACUACACGUUUGGGCCGAGCAAGAUGAACGUGGAACCGGCCGACACGAAGAUACUGCUCACGGAACCACCGAUGAACCCUACUAAAAACAGGGAAAAGAUGAUCGAGGUGAUGUUCGAAAAAUACGGCUUCGACAGUGCCUACAUCGCCAUCCAAGCUGUCCUGACCCUAUACGCCCAGGGUCUCAUCUCCGGGGUGGUGGUCGACUCAGGAGACGGAGUCACGCAUAUAUGCCCCGUAUAUGAGGAGUUCGCGCUACCCCAUCUCACUAGGAGGUUGGAUAUAGCGGGCAGGGAUAUCACACGGUACCUUAUUAAGUUGCUCCUCCUUCGUGGCUACGCGUUCAACCAUUCAGCUGACUUCGAGACAGUCCGGAUGAUGAAGGAAAAGCUCUGUUACAUCGGCUACAACAUCGAGCAGGAACAGAGGCUGGCUUGGGAGACCACUGUACUAGUUGAACCUUAUGUUUUACCAGACGGGCGCGUUAUCAAAGUUGGCGGCGAGCGGUUCGAAGCACCAGAAGCGCUGUUCCAACCGCAUUUGAUCAACGUGGAAGGCCAGGGCAUCGCCGAGCUCGUUUUCAACACUAUUCAGGCGGCAGACAUCGACAUGCGUAACGAGUUGUACAAGCACAUCGUUUUGUCCGGGGGCUCUACUAUGUACCCCGGCCUCCCCUCGAGACUCGAACGUGAGAUCAAGCAGCUCUACCUAGAGCGGGUACUAAGAAACGACACGGAUAAACUCGCGAAAUUCAAGAUCCGCAUCGAGGACCCGCCGCGGCGCAAGGACAUGGUGUUCAUCGGCGGCGCCGUGCUCGCCGAGGUGUGCAAGAACCGGGACAACUUCUGGCUCUCGCGCGCCGAGUACCAAGAGCAGGGUCUCGCGUGCUUAAGAAAACUGGGACCCCGCGCAAGUUAAUUUAUUGACAUUUAAUUAUUAUUGUAAAAAUGUAUGAUUCCCUUUACUAUUAUUAUGAUUUCAACUUCUGGUAAGAUAAUUUAACCGUACAUUCUAGAUAUGAGAUUAAUUCAAAUAAAAUACUAUUUAAAAACCUAUCCAUGGUAAUUUAACUAUUAAAAGCAAAUUAAGCUCAAAUUAUUUGAAAA